CGAUACGUUUUGUCCGGAAGUGGAAAAAGCAUAUUUGCGGAAGUGGCCGGAGAGAAACUUCCUGGAAAUAAACAAAACAAAUUCUACCGAUUUUUUUCAUCAGCAGCUGUUCGUAAACCACUUGAAUACCUCUGCUUUCCGAAGAGUCGAACCGAACCGUCGCUAGAACCUAAACAUUUUUGGGCCUCAAUAAUUUAGCUGUUGUUAGCUUAGCAGUAUUACCACGGUCCUAUCAAGAGAACCGGAGAGUAGCGGUUUCACAAUGGGAACUCACCGAAGCGAAGGAGCCAGAGACUGGCAGGAUCAAGACGGAGCAGAAAACCCAGAGCAGAGUCCGAGACCAUGGAACCUAAUGAUCAAGCACAGAUACGUUCAGAGAAGAGGACGCCGCUCACACACCACCGUCAGCUACACGGAUCCUCUGGUGUCCAUGGACCUGCUGAGGGCGGUGCUUCAGCCCAGCUUCAACAAUGACAUCAUGGCAGUAUUCAGGAAGUACCAGAAGUUCUUUGAGAAGGCAGCAGAGAACGUGAAGGAGAAUGUGGGAGAUGAUGUGCAGCCAGAUCUGCUUAUCAGAGAGGCCUACAGGAACGUUCUGGAACAUGCCAAGCAGCUGUUUCCAGAGGGGGAGGGGAAGAAGGCAGGGUCGGAGAUCCCCGUUAAGAGAGCCAGACCUAUUGAUGAAGAGUAUAGUCACAGAGGAAGCCCACUCCCCAAGAAGAGGAAAAGUCGCCCGGGUGCCAUCCACUCCUCAGACCGCACUGUGAACUUUUCUCUAGUGAAGCCAAAGUCAGAACCAAUCAAGAGGGAGGGGCCAAAGUGGGAUCCGUCCAGACUCACCGACGGCAGCACAUUUGUUCUCGGGUCCAGAGCCAACAAGGCACUAGGGAUGGGUGGGACCAGAGGACGGAUCUAUAUUAAACACGCUGACCUGUUCAAGUAUGCAGCAGAUUCUAAGGAUAAGCAGUGGUUGGCAGAGAGACAUCACAUGAGGGCAACAGGAGGAAAGAUGGCUUACCUUCUGAUUGAAGAGGACAUCCAGGAUUUGUCUCACAGCGAUGAGUACAAGGACUGUCCGGAUGUCAGGAUGGACGAGUUGAAGCCGUUCUCCGUUCCUCCGUGGAUGGUGGAGAAGAUGCAGCGAGCCAUGGAGGCUCAGAGAGACUCUGACCCCUGAUGGUCACAUGAUCAGGGGCCACACGGCAUGUGACAUCACAAAAUCAGAUUUUUUUUAUUUUUUACUGCUUUUCUUUUAAAAGAAAAUUCAAUUAAAUCUGAUUGACAACUA